AUGUGUCCUCAACGACCGUGGAGCGGCGUGGCAGGAUGCAGCUUGGGGCCCUCCUCUCUCGCCCGAGGUGAUGCAGGCGCCAAGGAGGUGGCGGAAAGCCUGCGGAAUCUGCAGCAGCUCACAGAGCUCCAUCUGGAUCUGGACAAGACCGAGGUCGGCCCAGCAGGCACCACACAUGUGGUGGAAAGCCUGCAAGAUCUGCGGCAGCUCGAAGACCUGUGGGUUUGGCUGCCUGAAAAGGAGCUCGGCGAGACGGAGAAGGAGAAGCUCCGGGCCACCUUCAAUGCGCUGCCGGCAAGGAAGAAGGCUCUCAAGCUAUCGAGGCCGAUAGCACGGAGCGGCAGACAAGAGACAAAAGCAAUCUUCAGUGACAAUGCCGACAGAAUCGAAGUGCACUGUCAGAUCCAGGUUCGGGAGGAGCUGGAAAGAGUGUCUGCAGAAACAUUCUGCGACAUCGUCGACAGCCUUCGAGGCACUGGUAUCACAGCGGAGGAACUUCAGGCGCUUUUGCAAGAAGUUCCCACCGAUGGCGAAGGCCUGCUGAGCUGCCGGAAGCUCGUCCUCCGCCUCCAGAGUCGGGACGCUCGCGAUCCCGCUGACGUGGGCACGGGCCUGCUGAGCCGAGCCUUCGGACGCUGCUUCCCGGGUCGCCCCAGCGAGCCUGGAGAGGUUGACCAGGGUGUGGCCGAUCAGGCACUUCAGGCCGAGGGAGUUUUGCCGCAAGUACCUUCCGAUCGCGAUGGCCAGGUGAGCAAAGAGCUGGAGGGCUCCCUGCCGAAUCGUGUGCAUCAGGAAGACCGGGGACCGGACGAUGGCGAGAAGCCGAUGGAGACGAAACUGCAGCGGAGAGGCUCAUGCGACCACUCGGAUCCGGGUACCUUCAAAAUAGCGAAGGAGUACGACUUAGCUGACAAGAACAAGCUGGCAGACUUCCUGGAGGAUGCAGACAUUCAACUGGGUGGUCCAGGCAAGCGGAGGAUCUCCAAGGAUGCUCUCCACGUCAUCGUCAGGAACCUUCAAGGCGACCGUCUCACUGUGGACAUGCUCCAGGACAUCUUGCAAGAAGUUGUUCCCGAUCGCGAGGGGCUGCUGAGCUGCGAGGAGUUGGCACGCUGCCUCCGCCGUCCCGCUCCAGCUCCAGAGCCGCAAGAGGCCAAGCGCUUCGACCUGGCGCAGAAGCCGGGGCUCGCGGACUUCCUGAAAGAUGCGGACAUCCGCUUGGUGCGUGCCGACUUCAUUUUGAAACUGCACCGGGAAGGACAGCGUCUCCCGCGCCGGCAGGAAGCGGAGUCCGCCUACGUGGACAGCCGCACGGCACUUGUCACGCACGAGGAGGUCCAAGCCUGGGCCGAUGGCAAGGCGCCUGAAGGCACCCAGAUUGUCUCGCUGUCCCACUGCUGGGAGUCGAGGGAACACUGUGAUCCGUACGGAUACCAGGUUGCCAAGCUAGCCAAGGCUCUUACGGGAAAAGAAUGGCUGUUCAUCGAUUAUGUAUCCUUGUAUCAGUUCCAGCGACUCUCCCAGAAGCAGAAUGUCAGCUUCGGGCGUGCGAUGCAGCACAUGCAUGUGCUGUACUGCCACGACAAGACGAGCAGCCUCCGAAUCGAGUCUCUGACGCCGGAAGCAGACAUAGCAAAAGCCGAGCGAAAGCAAGACUGUGUGAUGAUGUAUCACCACCCCACCGGCCUGGUGAAACCAGUGCCGGUCACUGAAUUGGUCAAGAACCGCACGCCGUACAAGCAGCGUGGGUGGUGUGCUGCGGAGAGGGAGUGGUCCAGUACUCGCACAGCCACCAACCUUUCGCGUGAAGUAGAUGCUCCGGAAGGUGAGAAGGGCGGAAGUGCCCCGAUGGUGCCAGAGGCAUUUCGAGAGAACGUGGCACACCAGCUGAAAUUCACGCAUUUAGAUGACGUAGAGACCGUCUGCAGAUUGCAAGCGGAAGUGUACAAAGAGAAAGCAGAGAUGUGCAAGAGCUUAAGGCUCGUAGACUUGCGCGCAGAAGCGCUCGACAUCGCCCUGUCGGCUCUCGAGCGCUACCCGGUGCUGGAGAGCCUGGAGAUCGUCCAUUGUGAGCUCACCCCCAAGCUCCGGCUGCUGGUGAAGGUCGUGGAGGAGAGGAAGCUCCAGCAGCUCCACCUGCAGCAGAACGAGCUUUCUGAGGAGGGCACCUGCCUGGUCAUUAAGGCUUUGGCUUUGCGGCCCAAGGGGACGCUUGCGGCACUCAGCCUCAGCCACGACCGCAUCGGCGUCGAUGGUGUCAAGGCUUUGGCUGAGGCGGUGCGGACGAACGAAGCUCUGAUCGAGCUGAACCUGAGCCACGUGUGCCUAAACAGCGAUGGCAUCAUCGCUCUCGCAGAGGCAGUCAAGCAGAAUCGGGCCCUCAAGCAGCUGAGCGUUGAGGGAGCCAAGCUUGAAAUUGCGGAGGAAGGCGCUUUCGUCCUUGCUGAGGCGCUCCGGGUGAGCGGGGUCCAGCUCGAUCUGACGGGCAGCGAUUUGGGCAACGGGGUCGCCGUGGCAUUGGCCAGGGCCUUGCGGGCCGGCCAGGUGAAGGGCACCGUCACCCAUCCAGUGGUGGAGUUCCUGCGCAUGUUGGAGGACAGAAAGUUCAAAAAGCUCGAGGAAGCGCAAGAGCUCUCGCUCAAUCUCAACCGGAGCAGCGAGAAGUUCGAUCAGCACUUCCAUCCGCUCUGCCGGGCCCUGCCAAAGCUCCCGCCGCUCCGAGAGCUCGAGCUCCUCCUCCACGGCCACCACGACGCCUUCGGCGAUGACGAGGCCCGAGCCCUGGCCGCGGGCCUCGGCGAACAAAAGGAGUUGCAAAGGCUGCAAUUGGAGCUGUACGGCAACUCCGUGGGCGAUGAGGGUGCGAAGGCCUUGGCCUCCGCCCUCUGUGAGCUGACGAAGCUCGAGCAGCUCGCGUUGGCGUUGUUCAAUACCAAGAUCGGCCCAGCCGGCGCCAUGGCGGUGGUGCAGAGCCUGCGAGAGCUGCGGCUCACGGAUCUCCAUCUUGAUCUGGAGGACAAAACGCGCCGUCCGGGCCAAGGCGAGGAGGAGAAGGAGAAGGUUUGGGCCGCCUUCGACGGUCUGGCGGUGCGCCGGAAACACCUCGUCCUUUGA